AUGAUUAUUGACAAAUGCAUCAAAACGCCCUUCAAAUUGCGCCCUCCAACCAGAGCCGUGCAUCACAAAGAACGGUGUGCCGAGACGCUAGGAGCGAUCAACGCCAAGGAAAUUGCUACCCUAGACUUCAAUACGGUAAUAAACUACUCCGACUUCGCAUUCUCGAAGAGACCUCGAAAGAGACGAGCGCAUAAUCCUGGUCCACCUAGGGAACCCGAGAGGCGGCCUUGGCGGUCGAGGAGGUGUCCCUGGCAUCGAUAUCUUCAAACCGUCUCGUCCUAUCCCAUAGAUAUUAUUUCCCAAGCCGUUUCUAGUUUCGUUACAUAUGAUGUCCAAGGUCGCGUUCAAUCCGCUUUAAAUAUCGCACCUCAAACCUUUUACCAACUCCCGUAUGGUCAAAGCUUGAUGAAAACCAGCUUGUGCCUAAACGAUUUGCGCUCUUUGCGGUUGCAAAUCUUCGAACUUGUUUGCACGGCAGUCUACGUCCCUCAAAUGCUUGAUCACUGUGCUAGAACACAUUUCAUCCCCAAUAGAUCAUUGAAGUUAAUCAUGUCUCAAAUCAAUGUGUUAGAUGUUCAGAACUACAAGAGAGUGGGAGAGAUGGUAUUUCGACACUCUCUUUUCAGUGGGAAGGCGGUAUAUUUCGUUUCUCUGAUCACUGGAGCUGGGCGCUAUCGCGUGUUGGCCGUUGACCUCAGCCAUUCACCGCAGCGAAGGAACACCGCUCUCAGACCCAAACAGGCAGUGAUCGCAUUCCCCACACUCACGCCACCCACCCUCAUUGCACUCCUCACGAUUACAGUACGUCGUUUUAACAAUGUCAAAAAUUCGUCCGCCUUCUGCGCUAUUUUGGCUCUGAACCUCACUGUCGACUCAGAUAUGAUCAUCAUUGAACUUAUAGAGCACGGUUUCGACUUCACAAUAAAUAAAAAUAACACGUCUAUUCCGGAUAUGUCGUGCCAGAGAAUUAGGACCAAUGGAGCACCCCUGACAUACCAUUCUCUCCCAUCUACACGAAGAAAAUCUACGCGAUUGGUAAUGAAAACAAAAAUGAGAGGUCAGAAUGUCCGCCUCGCCAGCCUCUCCGGCUGGCUAGCUGGAAUUACACACACACCCGGCCACGAACCCAAAAGGAACCCCUUCUUCUUGCGUCAAAGUACCACCAAGUGGGAGCCAUCAAUAUCUGCCCUGAAUAGGGUCAAGGAGUCGAGCCAUACACAUUCUCCCCUCCAUGAAGAAUCAUUUACCCAUGAAUUAUGGCAAGAGAUAACCGAGGAACCAUACCGAGAAUACAAGCAAACAGACCAAGAAAGGGAGGCAAGAAUAAAGGACAACUAUAAGUAUAGGGAAAUCCUCGUCAAUGAACACACACGAACCCAUCGACAUCAUUCAAGAAUAGCUCGGCUCCAGAUGGCCAUUGCUGGGCUUCGAUAA